UCGAGGCGUCCGCGCGCGAGCAGGCUGGCGUCCGGAGGGUCCAUAUAGCGCGGCGAGCGCACUCUUGCUUCCUUCCCCCACUCACCCAUCUCCCUGGACGACCUCUCGAUCUUACGACCCCCUCACGACACCUCCCAAAACGCCGCCUUCAAGCCCAAUCCGCAUGCUAUCUCCGGUGGCAUUCGUCGAACCCGACCGCUGGAGCGACAGCGACCGCACGGACAGCGACACGCCCGACCUGCGCGUGUGCACCUCGCUCCCGCCGCUCUACCUCAAGAACCCCUUCCACGUCUCGUCCUUCGACACGUGCGACGACGACCAUGACGACCUGAUCGACUCGACCAAGUCCUGGCCCGAGGACCCGCGUGUGUGCCUCCGUCUCGUUGAGCAGCAACUCGACGAGGCGGAGCGCGGAAUGCGGCUACUCGCCGGCGCGCUCGCGCUCGCGGAGGCCGCCGUCGCGGACGCGGACGACGUGCAGCAGCAGGCGGACGCGCUAUUACGUGACGCGGAGCAGCGCGCGCGCGCGGCGCAGGAGUACGCGAGUCGCGAGGCCGCCCGCGCGAAGGACGCCGACAAGCGCGUCGCGGAGGUCGACAAGCGUGUCGCGGAGGCGGACAGGCGCGCCGCGGACGAGCGCGCGCGGGCGGACGUCGCGCAGAUGCAGGCGCGGGUGGCAGCGCGGAAGGCAGAGGACGCGGUGCAGCAGAUCCGCGAGGCGGAGGCGCGCGCGGGGCAGGCGGAGCGUCGGACGGCGACCGCGGUCGCUGUGGCGCGGGACGCUGUCGGUCGGGCGAGCGCCGCCGCGGCGCAGGUCGACGAGCUCGAGGCGCGGCUGCGCGAGUCCGACGCGCGCGCUGCAGAGUCGGAGGCGAGGGCGCGCAAGUCGGACGCGCGGGCGACGCAGGGCUUCGAGCGCGCUGUCGAGGCCGAGCGCCGCGCGAAGGACAUCGAGGACCGUCUGCAGGGCGCAGAGCAGUCCGUGCAAGAGCUCAGCGAGAAGCUGCGGGAAGCGGAGGCACGCGCUGAGGCGGCGGAGGCCCGUGCGCAGGCAGCUGAGGGGCGUGCGGCUGAGGCGGAGUCUCGCACGCGGGUCGCUGAGGAGCGGGCGCGGGAGGUCGAGGCCCUCGCUGGCGAGCUGGAAGAACAGGCCUCGCGCCGCGUGCAGAAAGCGGAAGAGAGUGCCGAGGACGCAUCGACCCGCGCCGAGAUCGCCGCGCAGUACGCCCGCGAAGCCCUCGAGCGCGCUGAGGCAGCUACUGCGCGCGCUGAGGAGGCCGACGCCGCCCACGCCGACGCCGAGGAACGUGCCCAGGAGGCCGAAACUCGUGCUCAAGACGCCGAAUCUCACGCCCAGGAAGCUGAGUCCCGCCUUCACGAUGCCGAAGCCCGCGCCCAAGCCGCUGAGUCUCAGUCCAACGUCUCCAACGACACUCUUCGCCAGCUCGAGGAGCGUGCCUCCGCCGCCGAAGCCCGCGCCGCCAAGGCCGAGAAGCGCGCGCUCACCGCCGAACGCCGCUACGCUGAGGCCGACGAGCGCCUCCAGGCCGCGCAGAAGCGUGCGCAGACGUCUGAUGAGGGCCUCCGCGCUGCCCAGAAGCGCGCGCAAUCUGCGGAGGCGCGCGCCUUCGACGCCGCGACGCGCGAGCAGAACGCCGUGUCUGCCGCGGCGGCUAACGGCAACCGCGAGGGAACUGAGUCGCAGGUGCGCGAGCUGCAGAAGCGCUCGGAGAGUCUGGCGCGGAGGGCGGAGGGGUUGGAGAACCACGCACAGGCGCUCGAGCGGUACACGCGUGCACUUGAGGAGCAACUUGUUGUCGUGACUGUCCGGAACGAGGCACUGGAGAAGAUGGUCCAACCGUAUCAGGCGAGGGCUGCUGGUCCCCGGUCUAUGUACUGGCGGCAGGAGACUGUAGGCUACACGUCGAAUCCGUGGCAGAGCGCAUCUCACGCUUGGGACAGCGCCUACCAAGGCGGGUAUGAGCCGUACGCGAACAACGCCGCGAUUUCCUACGCUCCUCAACAGGCCGGCGCUCUGCCGUACGCGACCAACGCGUAUGCAGCGCAGCCGGCUGGCUCUCAGGUCAGUAGCAAUGGCGGAGCUCAGGAUGCAUCGCAGUGGUGGGCAGGUAGUGGAGCGCGGGCAGGCAGUGGCACGGCGCAGCAAGCGGUUACCGCAGCGGCGGGUCAGGGGUAUUGGGGCUGAGUAGGUGCAGGGGAGGACCGGAUUCUCGGCAACGAGGUUGGACCUUUGACGAUGUAUGCUAUUUAAGCGCUUUCCGUACUCUAUGGUCGAAUAAUGUUCAAUAUAUGCUAUGGCUCAUGUGCAUGUUAGCAGUGCUUGAG